GUGAAAUGGCGCAGCAAGGAGCUCAGCUGAACGGAGCAAAAUUCUGCUGUUCAAUUUGUCUGAAUCUACUGAAGGAUCCGGUGGCUAUUCCCUGUGGACACAGCUACUGCAUGAGCUGUAUUAAAGGUUUCUGGGAUGGAGAAGAUAAAAAGAAAAUCCACAUCUGCCCCCAGUGCAGACAGACCUUCACACCGAGGCCUGUCCUGGUGAAAAACACCAUGUUAGCAGAUUUAGUGGAGGAGCUGAAGAAGACUGGACUCCAAUCUGCUCCUGCUGAUCACUGCUAUGCUGGACCUGAAGAUGUGGCCUGUGAUGUCUGCACUGAGAGGAAGCUGAAAGCUCUCAAGUCCUGUCUGGUGUGUCUGGUUUCUUAUUGUGAGAAACACCUCCAACCUCAUUAUGAAUCCGUUGCAUUUGAAAAACACAAGCUGGUCGACCCCUUGGAGAAGCUCCAGGAGAACAUCUGCUGUCAUCAUGGUGAGGUGAUGAAGAUGUUCUGCCGUACUGAUCAGCGGGGUAUCUGUUAUGUCUGCUCUGUAGAUGAACAUAAAGGCCACAACAUAGUCUCAGCUGCAGCAGAAAGGACUGAGAGGCAGAGAGAGCUCGAGGUGAGUCGACAAAACAUCCAGCAGAGAAUCCAGGACAGAGAGAAAGAUGUGAAGCUGCUUCAACAGGAGGUGGAGGCCAUCAAUCGCCCUGCUGAUAAAGCAGUGGAGGAGAGUGAGAAGAUCUUCACUAAGCUGAUCCGUCUCAUCCAGAAAAGAAGCUCUGAUGUGAAGCAGCAGAUCAGAUCCCAGCAGGAAACUGAAGUGAGUCGAGUCAAAGAGCUUCAGGAGAAGCUGGAGCAGGAGAUCACUGAGCUGAAGAGGAAAGACGCUGAACUGAAGCAGCUCUCACACACAGAGGAUCACAACCAGUUUCUACACAACUACCCCUCACUGUCACAACUCAGUGAACCUACAGACUCAUCCAGCAUCAAUAUCCGUCCUCUGCGCUACUUUGAGGAUGUGACAGCAGCUGUGUCAGAACUCAGGGAUAAACUACAGGACAUCCUGAGGGAGAAAUGGACAAACAUCUCACUGACAAUGAGUCUGUCACAACCAGAGCCAAAGACCAGAGCUGAGUUCUUAAAAUAUUCAUGUGAAAUCACACUGGAUCCAAACACAGCAUUCACAAAUCUGUUAUUAUCUGAGGGGAACAGAAAAGCAAUGCCAACAGGUCUACAAUCUUAUUCUAGUCACCCAGACAGAUUCACUCGAUGGUGUCAGGUCCUGAGUAGAGAGAGUCUGACUGGAUGUUGUUACUGGGAGGUGGAGUUGAGAGGUGAACAAGUUUAUGUAGCAGUCGCAUACAAGAAUAUCAGCAGAACAGGAGAUGAAUCAAAAUGUGGACACAAUGACAAAUCUUGGGCUUUAGAUUGUUACACUAACGGUUAUAAUUUUGUAUUCAACAAUGUCUCAACUUCAGUCUCAGGUCCUAGUUCCUCCAGACUAGGAGUGUAUCUGGAUCACAGUGCAGGUAUUCUGUCCUUCUACAGCGUCUCUAAAACCAUGACCCUCCUCCACAGAGUCCAGACCACAUUCACUCAGCCUCUCUAUGCUGGACUUUGGUUUAAUUAUAUUGGAGACACAGCUGAAUUCUGUAAACUCAAAUAGACAGAAAUCAUUUUAGACUUAAUGUGUCAGAUUCUGUUGUAAUU